AUGUUUUAUGGAAGUUCAGGAGCAUUUCGUUGUUUAAUUGAAGCUCGUGGUGGUCAUGUUGCAUUUGUAAUGCAUACAGCAGUUAUAUCAAAUACAGCUGGAAGAAAUAUUGGUCAAUGGGCUCGACCAUUACGUGCAAAUGAUUUUGAAUUAUUAUGUAAUAAUGGAACACGUAAAACAAUCGAAGCUUAUAAAAGUUGUCAUUUACUUCGAGUUCCAGCUAGAGUUUUAAUGACAUCAAGUUUGAAUAUUUUCUUUGUUUUUUCUUAUUUUAUUUGA